AUCUUUUCGCCUCAUUUGGUUAUCGCACGCCCAACGCUUUCUUUUUGAGAGCUGCUACUCUCUCUCUCUCUCUCCCUCCAUCUCUGCACCUAUCAACCCUAACCAUCUCUCUUUUCUCUCUCUUCUCUCUCUCUGAGAUUUUUAGGGUUUUUGCCUCUCUGCUGUCGCCCCCCUCCCCGGGCUCGAUCUGGUCGUCUGGUCGGGCCUCUGAGCUCGAGCUCGAGCUCUUCACACCCCCUUCCCUUCCCCCUUUUUUAUUUUUAAUAUUUUUUUUUGUGGUUUUGAUGCUUCUGUUGGAGGCUGGGGAGGACUGAGAUUCAGUGACGCCGGUAUCGGUUCUGCAAUGGCGACUUCUUACCCCGCUCCCGUCACCGCGAUGCAGGUUGGUUCUUACUUCGUCGGCCAGUACUACCAGGUGCUGAAGGAGCGUCCCGAGCUGGCGCAUCAGUUCUACACGGAGACCAGCUCCAUGGUCCGGGUCGACGGCGAGAGCAGCGAGUCCGGGUCGACCAUGCUGCAAAUCCAUUCUCUUCUCAUGUCACUAAACUUGGCUACGAUUGAGGUCAAGACAAUAAACUCUCUUGAAUCUUGGAAUGGAGGUAUCGUGGUGAUGGUCUCUGGUCUGGUUAAAACUAAGGACUCCAUCGUCCGGAGGAAGUUUGUGCAAACCUUCUUUCUCGCACCUCAGGAUAAGGGUUUCUUUGUCCUUAACGAUAUCUUUCAAUUCUUCGAAGAUGCAACAGUACCUCAGCACUCUGCUCCCAUGGUAUCGGAAAGCAGAAUUGACGUGCAGUUAAACGCAUCUAGCCCUGUCAUGGAUCCACCAGUUCACAACUAUGUUUUGGAGGAAGAGCCAAGGGAAUACGUAAACUCAGUAAAUAUAGAAGAUAAUCUGGAUGAUGAAUACAACCUCCAAGAACAACAGCACUACGAUGAAGCUGAAGCUGAAGCUGCGUUAGAAAAUGCCUAUGCGGAGGACAAUUCGAUUUCGAUUCAUACUUUGGAUGCUGUCCCUGUUACUCCAGAUGUUCUGGAUGAACCGGCGGAAGAACCUCAGAGGAAAACCUACGCUUCUAUUUUACGAGCUGCGAAAGCGCAGUCUGCUGCAGCAGCAGCAGCCACUGCACAGCCAUCUUAUGGCAGGACUCUUCCCAACAUGUCAGAUUGGGAAUAUAACCCACAGCCCGCAGCUCCAGCUCAGCUACCAAAACCCACACCUUAUGUUGAGCCUGUAUCAGUUGUUGAGGCAGCAGAUGAGGGUUAUGGUGAAGAUGAAGGUCUGUCGAAAUCUGUCUACGUAAGGAAUUUGCCCCCAACCGUUACGAAUGCGGACAUUGAGGAGGUUUUCAGGAACUUUGGCACCAUCCGACCAGAUGGUGUUGCUAUCAAGAUACGGAAGGAAAUUGGUGUUUGUUAUGCCUUUGUUGAGUUUGAAGACCUUUUUGGAGUCCAGAAUGCAUUAAAGGCUUCUCCUGUUAUGGUGGCUGGAAAGCCAGUUUACGUUGAAGAGAGAAGAGCAAACACCACGGGCGGUGUUCGAGGUGGAAGACGAGGAAGAGGCAGAGGCGGAUACCAAUCAGAGGGCCUAAGGGGACGCCUGGGUGGUCAGAGUUUGGGCAGGGGAAGCAACCUGGAUAAUGACUACAGCCGUCCGAGGGGCAAUGGCUCCUACUUCCGUGGUUCGCAAUGAGUUAUUCGUUCGACCUUUUCGAACCGUUAUAGCUGUGGCCAAAGGCUCGUUAGGUUGCUAUGGGUGAUUCCAUGUACGAUGGUUUCCUGAAGUCGUGGUCUGUGCUUCUUGAGGUGUGUUUCUUCCUUUUUGGCAUGAUUAGAUUGUUAAGACCUUUUUUACCUUUUGGCCCUUGCGGAGAGCUUAGAUGAGCCUUUCCCCUUGAAUGGUUUUUGUGAUGCAAUUCAAGCGGGAGUUUUGGGCCCCAUUGAGCCUUUACACUGUGAGGGGUGUAACAAGAUCCUGGAGUUAUGGUCAACAUCAAGCCCUUAUAGGGUUUUUUCUUCUUCUUUUAUUUCCUCGUAUGUCUCCAGCAAUAUGCUCUUCUCAUCUUCAUCGCUGCGACUGUUUGUAGAGGGUACCUCUACAAUGGAGAACAAGAGAUUCUCAAUUCUCGAGUGGUGUAUGUGAGGUACUUACUGUGCUGUUUUUAAUUAUUAAUGGAAACUGUUGAUUUGACC